AUGGAAGAGUUAGCUCAAGUUAUCGGCACGUCUGCAAACAAAUCCUUAGCCCCGGCAACGAUCGCGGCCUACUCGUCCAUGAGGAAACGUUUCGAAGACUUUGCGUCUACGCUGUCGGUGGAUAGAUCUCACCUGGGGAAGUUGAGGAAUCUUUUCCUCGCGCACCUGAUCAAUGAAAACCAGUUGAAAGUACUGCAAAUGGCUAUAGCGGCUCUUAACUUCUUUUAUGGUCGGUUAGAGGGAGGAGAGGCGGAGCUCCAGAAGCUGCUCAUAGAUUCAGCUAAAAAGGAAACUCCUGUGGUGGUACACAAAAGGAAGGCCUCCGAAGAAGACAUUGAUAAAGUAAUUGAUUGGGCCCUAAACACCGACACAAUCAAAGCUACAGAAGACUGCUGUAUUAUUUUACUAUUAUUUGCGGCUUUCCUCAGAAUCAGUGAAGCGGCAGCAGUCCGUAAGGAGCAUUUGGAGUCGAAGGAAGACGGCCUGUGGUGGCUCCAUAUACCGAAGUCUAAAACAGAUCAGUGUAAGAAGGGAACGACUGUGGCGUUCAAACUUCAAGGCAGACGUUUAGUCCUUUGGAGUAAAUUCCUCCAAUCGUUGGCCGAUAAAUCUCGCAACCAGUUCAUAUUCGCCCCUUCUUCUACUAGAGCUCCCUCUACCGACACUUUACGGAAGCGAAUAAGGAACGUUCUUCGAUGUUCGGGCCUACGGGACAAAGGACUGACGUCACAUUCUUUCCGAGGAGGAGCAGCAACUGCGGCCCUAAGAAGGGGAGUCAGCAGCGAGGAUAUAAGGAGAGUGGGACGGUGGAAGUCAUCGUCAUCCAUACUGAAUUAUUUGGACCCUACUCCAAUUUGA